CAAAAUCGCAACUCGUGACCCGGAAGUGAAACUCCUAUACUCGUAACUCCCGCUGAGAUUAAUGGCUCGUUCUGGCAGCGCGAUAAUAGAGAUGUUUAAUCUUCUCAACUUUCGUUAUUUAUGUCUUUCUUCAAGAUUCUGCACACCUUUGCAAUGGAGGAGAGCUGUCUUGUCACCAUUAGCUGAGAAACAAUAUUGCACCAAACCCACAAAGCCAAUUGGACGCUACCCAAUUCCUUAUAAGAAGGAUCUUCCUUAUGACAUUGUGGAGCUUAUGGAAGAAGUAGAAACAAAGGCUGGAUUUCUUCCUAAUGUUUUUAAAGUGCUUUCACGACGACCUGCUGAGUUUAGAGCAUUUUUUGCUUACUACAAUGCUAUCAUGAACAAAGAAACAGGCAACCUUACCAAAAUGGACAGAGAACUUAUUGUCGUGGCAACAAGCAUGAAUAACAAGUGCCUAUAUUGUGUGGUUUCCCACAGUGCUCUACAUCGAAUUUACUCCAAAAACCCCACUUUAGCUGACCAGGUGAUUGUAAACUAUGAGGCUGCAGAACUAAAGGAUCGUGAACGAGCAAUGCUGGAUUUUGCACUGGCCAUCAGCAGAUGUGAUAAUAUUACAGAAGAGCACUUUAAGAACUUGGAGGCUCAUGGCUUUGACCGUGAAGAUGCAUGGGACAUAGCCACCAUUGCUGCUUUUUUCUCAAUGUCAAACCGUAUCGCAUACUUCACUGAUAUGAGGCCAAAUGAUGAGUUUUAUGGCAUGGGGAGGCUACCCAAAAAUAGUGUAGCAGAACCAGAUAAGUGAAGUGCUGAAUUGGAAUUUUUUCCGUGCAGAGAUUUAUAUAGUGAGCUUUUUGCUGCAUUCCCCACACAGAAAUCUUGUUUUCUCGUUGGUUAAUAUAAGCAGAAUGGCAGGACAUAUUUAUUAGAGCACUGCACAGAGUUCUCUUUUACUGUUAGUGUUUGGGUGAUGGCAAAGGCCAGACAAUAAAAGAGUAAAAAGAAAAACAAAAAUGUUUAUGCAAAACAAUAUUUGUUUUAUUGUUGUUUAAAGAAAAUGUCAGUUUUGCCUGUUUUUUUAGUUUGAGCAUCACAAUAUUGGGAAUUGAAGAAAACAAAACGUUUUUAGUAACGUGUGAAAAAAAUGAUGCUGAGAAACAGUUCUGUGCAUUAUGGUUUAAAAUAAUGCAGUUGUUUUUAUGAGAAUUGGAGCAUUUAAAGAGUUUUUGUUACGGGCCUGAAGUACAUAUUUUUUGUACUUCUUUUUGCUUCAGAUUGUUGCUGAAAUGUACAUUUUAUUCAAAUGAGAGUGUGGCAGAUAUUUUGGGUUAAAAUAUCGGCAAAGCGUACGAUCACUUUAUCACUACGUGUUCACAACUACCAACCAAAGGGGAAGCCUUCAAACAAGUUGUUGUUUUGCCAUUCUUUUUUUUUUCUAAAAUAUAACUAUAUAGUACAUAUCACAGUACUUUUAACAGUAUUUUGUGAAGCACUUUUACAUGCAUUUAGCCUUCUUUAUAUCUGUUAGCGCAACAUGAACGUCUCUGUCCACAUAUGUGUAUUUAAUGUACCAGUUUGUAUUUUGCAUCCUUUUGGCCCAAAAUAUUUGGUUUUAUUGAACAUAACUAAAUGUGCCAUACACAAGCACACACAUAUAUUUAAAAUAUAUGUAAAAGUUUAGGUGUGCUUUACAGUUCAUUUGACUUAUAAAGUUCUAUUCCAGAUUGUUCUGCAGCAAACACUGUUUGUACUUUUGCUGCUUAACGUUUGAAUAAAAUGUUUUGUAGCACUGCUCACAAGUCCUUAACACAUUUCUUGGCAAACUAUCUGCAUUUUAUAAGGAGCUGAGUUUUAUUGAACAGAAGUUCUUAUUCACCCAAACAUAAAGAUCACAUUGCGUUCUGUUUUCACUUUCUAUUGUUUGUGUAUAUUUUGCAUAAACGUUUUGCCCCAGUCACAUACUUAUGCAAAGUUUUACCAAUUUGAACAGAAGUUUAUUUAACAACAAAUAAAGAGUUUAUUCUUUUGAA